GGCAGCCUGGAUGUUGUUCAAGCUUGUAGCCAAAGAACUAACCCUGUUGUACACUUCUGAGCUAAGUGCUCAGUUUAUUUGCAUUUUGUUAAAUGUCCAUGAAAAAAAAAAAAUUCAACACCACAGCAACACAAGAUUUAUAUAGACAGCCACGUUAGGACAACUUGCUAGUCGACUAAUGCCGGUAGCCAGCUGAUCAGGUGUGUAAUCGUUAGCCAAACACCUGCAAAAAAGUUUAUAUUGCACAAAUUCAGAUCACGGCUAUACACAACACAAUUAGCCAAUGCAGGCAACUUCUCUGGACAGUCUAGUAAAGCUGCUGGACAUAUCUGGGGUCUGGCUCAACAAGCAGUCUGCAAAUUGGCCUGCCGGACGUCAAGACCAAGGGGCAGUGCUGAAGUUCAUCCUGUUGACUGGCAUAUCCUCUGGGAGUUUGUCAAACCCCAGUUCUUUGCCCUUCUUGGUGCUGUCGUGUUACCCAAUGAGACCUGGCCAACAGAUCCUGAAGAACUUCAACCUCAUCAUCCCCCUCUCUAAGACUGUCGCUAUCGUUGGGGAAUCAGGAGGGAAGUCUACAGUGGCCUCCUUGCUGGAGCUUUUCUUUGACCCCAGCAGUGGUGUGAUCAUGUUGGAUGGCCUGGAUAUCUGGACACUGGACCCAUCUCAGAGGACAAAUAAUUUGAUUCAUCAAUCAGGAGCCUGUGCUGUGAUGGAGAACAUUUGCUUGGUAAGCGGGGGCUACUGAUGCUGAGGUCAUCAACGCUGCCAAGCAGGCCAUCGACCACCGCUUCCUCACAGGCUUUCCAGGUGGAUACAACCCUGUGUUGGUAUCUUCUCUUCCUAGGCUGGAAUUGCUGAGCAAAGGAGGGCUGCUGACCUCAUCCGCAGGCAGAGAUCAGAGGGACGGUUGUGAACAGUACUUUGCAGAGCUGCCAGCUCUCACACAUUGGCCGUGAGACAAACGCACGCAUUUGACCCUCUUUUCACGCUCUCACGGCACACCUCUUAUAUCUCACGAAUUGUAAAGUACUGCUUUUAUUUUUCAAAUUAGUCCAUUGUAUAGUCAGCACGUUAACUGUGCUCCUAAUCGUUUUGAAAUCGGAGCAUCUGCGCCUGCAAUUUAACAUCACGAGCGGAAUCUCUAUCAUUGUCCUGUCUUGCCACAGCACUGUGAACCGCUUCACAUUGAAGCAUAUGAUUGAUCUAGUUAGGUAAAGGAUCUUUGACCCUAGCAGUGGUGUGAUCAUGUUGGACGGAUGCGUGUUUGGAUUGGAUGCGUGUUUUAAAGAAACGCCCCUCAAUAUUAGAGUGGAGCUGAAUGGAGAGAGAAAAUGAUCUGCUGAGUUUAUAAAACUGUAAAGAGAGCAGCACGGUAGCGCUGUUUCAUGUACAAUGUUUUCAACAAAAUUAGGUUGCUGUUACUCCCGUCCUUAUUGCAGAAUGCAGUCUUCUGACAGCAUGUACUAAAGUCGAUUUAAUCCACACUUGCAUUAGUCCCCUCGAUUGCUGAUUGGCAUUUAGGCUGUGACAACAAAAAGGCAGCAGACAGACCUACAGUAUGUUUUAGCAGGGACAUUUGGUAGGAUGACUUGCUUUGUAAUUAUGAAAAUAAUUUUGUCAACCAGAUUGUGAACCCAAAAGUGUAAGUUUGAUUCUAGAAUGGGAACGUUAAAUAUAAAAUAAUUUGGGUAGUGUAGGGGCAGAUUCAUGUCACCUUGUCUUCAGGAGAUUUUAUUUAUUAAAAUAUUGGGUAAUUACUGUGCUUGUCAGCAAGAACCAGAUUGUGUUAUUACUGUUAUUCCCCACACUAUUUUAAUAUUCCAAUAAUCACAUAUUUGAAAUCUGAUAUGACUGCAGUGCAUUCGGAUUGUAUUCAAACCCUUUGACUUUUUCCACAUUUUGUUACCUUACAGCCAUAUUCUAAAAUUUACAAAAUUGUU